CGUGAGUAAAGUAGGUGAGACAAAAACACUUGGGAAAAGAAAAAUUGUGGUCAUGAUGCUGAAUCAGGCGUCCGCCGCCUGGGACCUAUUGAACUUACCUGUUAACACGAGAAGCUUGAGCGGUGAAUGCGUAGACAAGCGUUUUGCUACAUAUACCCGAGGGUGGCUUAGACCUGCUCAAUCGCUGCGGCCCGAUCGUCUGCAAGUGCGCAUACUUGGGGAGUUUGGAAGGCUGCUCAUCCUGCAGGCGCUGAGCCUUCUAUAAGUUCAAUCUGAACAUGCCGCGCGGUCACCAGGCGAGCUCAGGUCUCACAAGGCUGCUCGGUUGCUGCGGCACCCUUGCCCCAACCCCUCCCCCGCUGGACUUAACUUGAGGUUUUGGGGCAUAUAAAGGCUUACUAUCGACGCAAAGUCUUUGCAGCACCCUUUGAGUAAUUCCUGAAGACAUUUGAUUGUCCGCAUCUUCCCUAUUCCAACCCUUAACUAUGGCCGCAGAAGGGUACUACGGAGGGUAUCCUCCAGAUCAACAAGGAUAUUCGCACCCGUACGGUGCGCCUGCCCCAGGCCAAAGUGAAUACGAUCGUGCACCUCCUCAGCAGCAAGGAUACAACUACGGCGAAAGUCCAGCACAUGGAUACGGUGCCCAAGCCCCAUAUGAGGGUUCUCCAUACCCACAGCAUCAGAGUCAGUAUCCGCCGCCGGAUGCUUAUCAACACCACAAUCCUCCGCCUGGGAACUAUGAAGAGCCUAGGGCUUCGGCUACACUUUCGCCCUAUGAUUAUAACCAGCAUCCUUCAUCUCGACCUGGGUCUGCCCACGGAUAUCAGUCGUCCCAUUCUCGAGGUUACGUGCCCGGCUAUGACGCGCAGUCGACGGGACCUGGCGGCUAUGCCCAUCCAGGACCAUCCGAUCCGGGGGCACCUGGUGGAGGACACGAAGGAGAGCGUGGACUUGGUGCUACGUUACUAGGCGCCGCCGGAGGCGGCUUCGUGGGCCAUGAGGCCGGGGGUGGGGCUCUCGGAACAAUCGCCGGGACCCUUAUAGGUGCAAUCGGUGCCAACGUUCUUGAAAAUCGACAUGAAAAAAGGAGAAGAAGCACAAAAAGUACGAGGACGACGCCGGUCUAGCAUAUGGAAGCUCGUACGGGGGAAGCCACGAGAGCCACGGUC